UGGUUUUGUUUACACCAUCUUUUUAUUCACGUGUACUCAUCGUAUCUGUAUGAUUUUCUUUUUUUCUCCAUUAUUAUUGUAGCCGUGUUUGUGUAUAACUGUGUAUUGAGUAUUAAAACGUUGUAUAACAAAAACAAAAACAACAACAACUAUUAUAACAACAAUAAUACCAUUGUUACAUUAACUACGUAAUAAUACAAAUAAUACGACGUAACAAAGCAAAUAUUAUACAACAACAAAAACAACAGAACAAAAAGAAACGAAAAAUAAAUCGAAAAUAAACUAUAGACAGACAAAAAAAAAAGUGCAAAAGGGAAUAAGUUCCAAAUACAAAAAACCAACAAAACAAAGCAAAACAAAACGUUACAAAACUAUUUGCCAUAAUAACAAACAAAAAAAAAAACAAUAGUUCAAACAUUAAAUAAAAACCUCCUCCCUGGCCCUUAAAAUUGAUUUUGUUUGAUGCCAUUGUCAUCGUCUACAACAUCAACGUCAUCGCCUCCACCAGCAAUAUCGUCGACAUCAUCAACAACAACAACAACAUUGUAAUCAUCAGCAACACUUUUGUUGCUGUUGUGUGUUAUUGUUACGCUUGUCAUCAAAUUCGUCGUCGACGUCGUCACUAGUCAGCCAGUCAGUCAGUCAUCAAUUGGCAUAAAUAUUAAUCAUAAUGGAGCGUAAACAAUUUUGUGUACUCACCCUGUUAUUGGGCAUUUUAAUUUUUAAAUUGAACAGUUUUAUUGUUGUCGCUGAACAGGACGAGGACAUACCACACAAUGAAGUUCGCAAUUGGGCUUUAAAAUUCGGUGUGGAUCUAUGGGAAUUCGGAAGACAAUUUACAAAAAUGAAUGAAAUCAAAAGUCGUUUCAAAGACAACGACAUCGAGGUAAAACGAAAGGAUGGCAUCAUACUCUUGCGUGAACUGGCAGCAGAGGUGAAAAACUUUAUGGACUUUAAACGCAAUGCAGUGAUGCGCAUUAUGGACUCAGCCGAGCAGGCCGCUUUAUCGGAGUUGGACACUCAAAGCUCUCACUCGGCCACGGCGAAUAAUCAACAUUACGAUGCACGACGCAUUAACGAAUACAAUGCCGAUGGCAAAUUGGCCGAUGGAGCGAGACAUAUGGAUAUUCGUUUUAUGCGACGUUUUGAGCGACUACCCGUUAAUCUCAGUCUAAGUUCGAUUCUGGUGCCUAAUGGUGUCUCAUUGGAUGAGGGAGACGUUAAGGCAGCACUACAGUGGAGUUCACAUUUGGAUCCACUGUUCCAGAACAACUUGGAGCGAGAUCCGGCAUUGUCGUGGCAGUAUUUUGGCUCAACGUCUGGUUUUCUGCGUCGUUUUCCCGGCACUGCUUGGCCACCGGAGGGCUCCAAGGGCAGCAAGCAAAUACAUGAUUUUCGCACGCAGAAUUGGUUUGUCCAGGCAGCCUCCUCGCCUAAGGAUAUAAUGAUUUUAUUGGACUCUUCGACGAGCAUGUCGGAGAAAUCUUUUGAUUUGGCCAUGGAUACAGCUUUUAAUAUUCUGGAUACUUUGGGUGAAAAUGAUUUUGUUAAUUUGAUUACGUUUGCCGGUGCAAUCAAGACACCGGUGCCUUGCUUCAAAGAACGCAUGGUACGAGCGACUCCAGAUAAUGUUCAGGAAAUUAAGUCGGCCGUUAAGGCCAUUAAACUACAAGAUACGGCGAAUUUUACGGCUGGUUUGGAAUAUGCAUUUAGUUUGUUACAUAAGUACAACCAAUCCGGCGAAGGUAGUCAGUGUAACCAAGCAAUAAUGUUAUUAACCGAAAGUUCCUCAGAAUCUCACAAGGAGAUAAUCAAACAAUACAAUUGGCCCCACAUGCCAGUACGCAUUUUUACCUAUUUAAUUGGAUCGGAUUCGGGAAGUCGCAGUAAUUUACAUGAAAUGGCCUGUUCGAACAAAGGAUUCUUUGUGCAAAUCAACGAUUUGGAAGAUGCACGACGUAAAGUCAUGGACUAUGCUUUAGUUAUGGCUCGACCCAUGAUAAUGUAUCAGGCAGAUCAUCCGGUGCACUGGAGUCCUGUCUUUAUGGCGGGCAAAUCGGGUGGUCUGGCACGUGAUUCAGAGUAUCAAAGACGUUUGGUGACGACAGUUUCAACUCCGGUCUUCGAUAGACGCAACCAUUCGGUACGUGUAGCAAAUUUAUUGGGUGUUGUCGGCACAGAUGUCCCCGUAGAGGAGAUACGCAAAAUGAUACCGCAACAUAAAUUAGGACCGAAUGGAUAUUCGUUUAUCGUUGAUAAUAAUGGUCGUGUACUAUAUCAUCCCGACUUGCGUCCGUUGAGUGAUGGUAAUCAGUAUAUUGACCAGCUGAGACCACGUUAUACAUCGGUCGAUGUAACGGAGUUGGAGCUGCCGGAAACCGAAAUUGGUAACGAUCAUGAAAUUGUCGAAAUGAAUAAAAAUCUUUUAUAUGAUAUGCGUAGUGAUAUGAUUAUGCCCAAAGAGGGUGAAACAGAAUUCACUAUUUUGAAUCAUUAUGAUGAUAUGAAACGUGUUAGCGCAAGAACUCACAGAUAUUUCUAUGGUCCCAUUGAGGAUACUCCAUUUACGCUCGCUGUUGUAUUACCUGAAAAAUAUGGCAGCCAUGAAUUGGUCUCCCAACAGGAAAUAAGACAUUCUCGUAAGAAUGUUACCGAAUAUUUUAAGGGAGACAAUUGGCGUGUCCAUCCCGAAUGGGUGUAUUGUGAGUACAACAGUGUUAGCGAUUUGGAGAAAGAGCGUGAAAGCUCUGGUGAAUAUUCGGGUUCUAGAGAUCAAGAGCCAAGUUUUGGUUCACCCGAAGAGCAGGUGUUGCACUUUUUGGCUAGAGCUGGUAGACCCGGUUGGAAAUGGAUGUCGGUACGACCGAAAUCCCCCCAACCUCAUCAUAGCAUGCAUGGUGCAACACCAGUGGGCCAUUUUGCCCAACAUAUGAAUGUUCAAGGUUCUCGCAAGGCAGAGCCUUACUAUUGCGAUCGAACCUUGUUGCAAAGUUUGGUGCGUGAUGCCAUGGUUACCGAUGGCUUAGAUCGUAACUCUACUGCUACCCCCAAUGGCAAAGAAGAUAAAAAUCCUAUCGCCACUUUAAUGGCAAUUUUGAAAAGGCAAGGCUAUCAAAAAUUUGUGGUGACCACAUCAUUUGUGGCCACUCGAUCUGGCCUAUUAAGAUGGAUUGAUCAUAUUAAAACUGCCGAAGACUCGCCAGAACCACACUUUAGUGAAGACAAUUCCCGGGCUAUGGAUAUGUCCUGGUAUAAGAGAGCUAUUGAUCAGCAUACCGUCGAACAAGAUAGUUUUGUGUAUAGUGUGCCCUUUGGUUCGGGUUAUAAUACCAAGACCAAUUCGACAUUAGUUACAGCUUCACAUGCCAUAUUUGUAGAACAUCGAGGACACAAGGCGCCCGCGGCAGUAGUGGGUUUACAAUUCCAGCAUGAUUCUUUGGCUAAACAUUUUAUAAGUAUAACAUCGGCUUGCACUGGCAUGACUGGCUGCAAGCGUACUUGUGCUUCCGAUAACUUGGACUGUUAUGUUUUAGACAAUAGUGGCUUUGUUAUUAUAUCCGAAGAGCCAGAGCAUACUGGCAAAUUCUUUGGUCAAAUUGAUGGCACCAUUAUGGAUUCAUUGGUGCAAGAUCGCAUUUAUAAACGGGUCACGGUCAAUGAUUAUCAAGGUGUAUGUUCCAAUGCUGAUAAUCCCUAUACAGCCGAUGGCAUGAUGAUACGACCUCACCGAGCCGCUUCUUGGCUAUUUAAGUAUAUUAUAUCGCUAAGUGCUACUUGGCUUGCGAUGUUGCCCACACCGAUUAAGGCCUGGCCUCAAGAUGAAUACAGCUACAACGAAGAAGGCUUCGAAGAACCCACCUAUCCGGAUGAUUAUGAGCCCUUCGAAGAUGACUAUAGUUCGCCCAUAGAUGAGGAAAUGGAUGAAAUGUUUACCACCGCCGAUGUGGAAUACACCACACCCGCUCCUAAACAACAUAAGCCUCAUAUUGGUCCACGCUCUAAUCCCGAUCCAAGCAAUGCCCGCCGUUGUGAUUUACGCACCGAUUUAUAUAUGCUGCAACCAGAAAGAUUGAACCAAGGAGGUCAAAAUAAUCCUUUGAAGGGAAAGCUAACGAAUUGUCAUGUGUCGGGUUGCGAACGUCCAUUUAGUGUACAGAAAAUUCCACACAGUAAUCUAAUACUGUUAGUAGUGGACACUUUGUGUCCUUGUGGUUCCAAACAAUUGGAUAUUGAACCCAUGGAAGAAUCUGGUAUUGUGGGUGCCUGCAGUACCCGACGCCAGUCCCAAGAAACCCAAAAGCGACGAAGACCCCGAAAAUGCAUAAACUACCAUCCGGAGGAAAUUGAAAUACAACAGUGUGGCAGGGGUACAAAUCUUCUCCAAAAUCCCGGCUCCAUUUUAUUCGCUCACGUAGUCAUGAUCAUAGUGACUCUAUUGCUAACUAACGCGUGAUACUAAAUGAAUUAAAUUCGCAGACACCCACUCACUCAUACACACGCAGACACCAACAUAUGACUCCAUUUUGUUUUUUAAGUCAUUUACUGAAUCAUCUUAUGACAACACUGAGAAAAAAACGAACACACUCUCCCAAGCAAAACUCAUCCAAAAAAACACUUAGAAAAAAAAGAAGCAAAACCAAAUUAGUAAAAGCAAAGAAAACCAAAAACAAGGAUAACUAGAUUUAUUUUUUCAUAAUUUUUUUUAAACAAAACCAAAAAAAUUAGUUUUUUGAAAUAAUUAUAAUUAUUAUUGUAGUUAUAAAUAUGUAUGUAUGAGUAUGAAUUGUUUUUACAAACUAUACCAAACAAUUUUUCUGUAAGUGUAACUCAGAAAACUAUAAGGGACGUCAUGUUUUUGCAUUAAAGAACAAAACAAA